AGCGGCAGCCGUUUAGGAGUGAGGGUUCCAACUUUCAUACCGCUUUGAGCGGUAUUUGGCUUGGAGGGUCGCGAUGUCAGAGAAAAAACAGCCGGUAGACUUGGGUCUUCUAGAGGAGGACGACGAGUUCGAGGAGUUCCCUGCCGAAGACUGGGCUGGUUUAGACGAAGAUGAGGAUGCACAUGUCUGGGAGGAUAAUUGGGAUGAUGACAAUGUAGAGGAUGACUUCUCCAAUCAGUUACGAGCUGAACUAGAGAAACAUGGUUAUAAGAUGGAGACUUCAUAGCAUCCAAAGAAGUAUUCAAGUAGCCUAAACUUGAACUGUAUACUAAAUUCUAGAACCAGAGAACCAAGGAUGGAAUACUUUAAGAAAGCAUUUAUUUCAUUAUCUGCUUGGAUUUAUUUUUGUUUUUGUAACACAAAAUAAAUGUUUUGAUCUAAUCUUGGUUUGAUUCAAACUUCUCAAUAUUUUGACUGUAGUCAUGAUUUCCCAGAACCUUAUUAUUAUACUGAGACAGUAAAAUUUCAUAUUCUGAACUUAAAAAAAAGGUUAUCCGAAAAUUAGG